UACGUAAAUAACGUUUCAAUCAUUUAUCCUAGUUUGUGUCAUUGUGGCUCCGGGUUCGUUAUGUAAAAAAAGAUUUACUCGUUGCAUUGAAAACAGACAUGAAUCGCAACGAUCUUACAAAAUGGCAGCCCACUUCUCAAUAGUCAAUUGAACAGUGGAAACACAUAAAUUGACCGUGUAUAUUACGCUUUAUAAGUGUAACAGCUGGACCAUUUAAUGUGAGUGCUGGGUCUGGCAAACGGAGACGAUAUUAUUUAAAAUGGCUGUUUUUAGAAUCAGAGAUGCUGUAAUUGAUGAUUGUGAAGAAAUAUUCAGAAUGUGCAAGGACCAGGCACUUCUUCACGGCUGGGCCCAUGAGAUAAUAUCAUCAGUAGACACCCUCAGAAAAGAUGGUUUUGGUGAAAAACCUUUAUUUGGAUGUCUUGUAGCUGAAAAAAUUGAUUCAGGCAAGGCAAUAGCAUACACUAUGUUCAGUCCGUUCUAUGUUUCAUGGAUGGGAAAAUGCAUGCUCAUGAGUGACCUACAUGUUACAGAAACUGAGCGGGGCAAAGGUGUCGGACGGGCUCUUGUAAAUCGAUUGGCACAGGUUAGUCUACAAGAAGGAUGUGUUAGACUGCAGUGGGAUGCAAUGGGAUGGAAUGAUAAAGCAAUUAAAUUUUAUAAUAAAAUAGGAGGUACAGAUACAACAAUAGCUGAUGGGGGGAGACGAAUAUUUAUAAUGAAUAAACCAGAAAUGGAGAAGUGCACCUCGGAUAAUAUAAAAUUUAAAGAUUAAUUUUUAUAUAAAUAAACAUAGGAAAAUAAUACGUUUUAAUUAAUGGAGGAAGAAUAAUAACUUAAGCAGGAAAUGUAAAACCGAAAUACAGCUAAGUCUUUGAAUAAAUUACCAAGUCAGCUUAGAAAUCUCCGUUAAUUAAAAAUAUAUUGAAUAACAUAAGGGGUAUCCGUUACGUAAAUUAUAGUGAAUAAAUUAAAUAUCUCCAUUAAUUAUGAAUUUUGUUGGACUGUGAAUUGUCAUGUUUAUCAAAACUGUUUAUAAAUAUUUAUACUAUAAAAAUGUAUUUAUUUAUUUAUUUACUCAUUUUAAUAUAUGCACUUACUAUGUAUUACUUAUUGUAUGUCUUGACAAGCUCAGGCGAAACAUGUAGAGAGAGAGAGAGAAAUGGGGUUUAACGUCCACUCGACACAAACUAGGUCAUUUCGGGACUAACAUAUGGUUUAAUUUUAUUUACAUAGUUCGCUUGCGCGUAGGGGUCUUUAGCAGUGGGAGGAAACCAGAGGACCCGGAGAAAACCCACGAGAUUGGACAGGCGACCUACUCCUUGUCACGUACAACCGGGGAUUCGAAACCACGCCAAUCGACUCAAUGACAGACUUUAUGAUACAGCGCGCGCACGCUAACCAUUCAGCCAUCCAACCCCCCCCCCCCCGAAACAUGUAGACAAUUAAACAAUAGUAUAUACCUUCUUUAGGUAUUUCUUACCUUUAUUAUUUUUUUCUAUAUAUAUUUAUUAUAUAUUUGUACUUAUUAUUUAUUUAUUAUAUUAUAUAUGUAUUAAUUUGUAUAUUAUUAAAAUUCUGGAAAUGGUAUAAUAUAAGAAUCCAUAUUAUAUGUAUUUUUUUACAUGUAAUCUUUUUCAUUAAUAAUAUUUAAAUCAUUUUGUUGAAGUGUCACAAACUUGUUACAGACUAUACUUUAAACCCCCUUUGUUGAUUAAUUAGUCAUGGCCUGGUGGACCCAGACUCUAAACAAUAGAUGUGGGGAAAGUGAGCUGUCCCCAAAUUAAGUAGCAAUAAAGGCCAAUUAAAUUUGUGCGAAGAAUUGAUUUUGAAAAACAUUUUAAUAAUGUGCAUAAUUAUAAUCCGGUAUGCUGACGCAAACCAUAUAUCAAUAAUGAUAAUAUUAGAGAUGACGUAAUAUGGCAAAUAAUAAAAUCCUAAUUAUAAUAAUAUUUAAAGGUAAACAUAAUUCCACAGGCUAUAGAAUAGAGAAGGGUUUGAACAUGCGUUUCAAAAUUGAAUUUGAACAUCUCUGAUCAUUUAGGUUUAUAUUCUGUACAUGCCUACUGCAUGCUUUAAAUUGUCUAUUGUAAAAUUGAUAACCCGCUAGAUCUUCACAUAUUAUGCUUCAAUACCUUAUAGAGGCUAGUUUCCAACCGUCUCAAUAUUUCCCCAGUAUAAUAUUCUGGUAAUUGCUAAUUUUAAAUAUACUUUUAUAAGAUAUAGAACAUAUAGCCAAAUACUCCCGGUUUAGGCCGAGAGGGAUGAAUGUAGAUGUUGAACACCGAAUUUGUCCUUUAUGUAAAUCAAAUACAAUUGACGAUGAAUACCAUAACGAUAACGUAUUCAACUAUACUUAUUUCAUUACAGAAAGCCAGCAAUUCAGAUCCUGAUAUUAUUAUAUCAGACCUAAUACUAUUAAAUAUAAUGACCAUUUCAAUUCAACCAAGGAACCAAUAAUUGUCAAAUAAUGUAUGUGAGAGAGAGAGAGAAAUGGGGUUUAACGUCCACUCGACACAAACUAAGUCAUUUCGGGACUAACAUAUGGUUUAAUUUUAUUUACAUAACUCGCUUGCGCGUAGUGGUCUUUAGCAGUGGGAGGAAACCGGAGGACCCGGAGAAAACCCACGAGGUUGGAAAAUAAUGUAUGUCCUUGUAGAUAAUAAUAAAUGAAAUGGGGUUUAACGUCCUACUGUUUUGCUCCGAACUGGGCUAAUGAAGACGGGCAUACGCCAUACAGUGUGUUAUGAUGGAAAUUUUGCCCGGACAGCGGCACCACGGCCUACUCUUAUAUCGAAUUCCAACUGUCAAGGGAUCUUUUACGUGCACGCCAAUGUGUACUCGGGACCUCGGUUUUUCGUAUCAUCCGAAUGACUAGACAGCUGUCCUUGUCAGGCCCUCCGUCCUGCAUCACUGACAAGCGGAAACCACGCCGGAAAAUCUGGAUGAACUUUCUCGGCCAAUGCAGGGAUCUAACACCCGACCUCCAGGCUAGCGAGCCAGCGCCUUACCCACUUAGCCACCGUGAUCCCCAGAUAAUAAUAAAGAUUUUAUGCCCCUUGACUAAAUAUGUAAAUAAACCACCACCUCUAUAUCAUGUAUAUGAGCUGAGUUGUAAAUAAACUUCUGUUCUGCUAAAGACAUGAACAAGAUUCCAAUUGC